UGCGCCAUGGUUGCAAACGCGCCCUCCGCUCUCGGCGAUUGUCCCCCUCUCGACCGCCGUAGUUUUGAAUAAUUAGAGAGGUUAUUGGCAUACUCCUAGUCACGUGACCUCUUAAACGUCUCUGGGCGGGUGCGUGGCCCCGUGUGAGCCCCAGUCCCAAGAUGGCGGCCACCCGCUACCGGCGGUUUCUGAAGCUCUGCGAGGAGUGGCCGGCGGAAGCGACCAAGCGGGGCCGGGACCUGGGCGCCUUCCUGCGGCAGCGGGUGGCCCAGGCCUUCCGGGAGGGGGAGAGCACCCAGGCAUGGGAAGAGGAUUGCAUGCUCCUUGACAAGUCAGCAGGCUGGUUGGCUCAGGGGAAGAGGGCACCUGGCAUUGGCCACUGCUGGAAGAUAGGACACUGGGCUAGAUGGACCUUUGGUCUGACCCAGUCUGGCCACUCUUAUGUUCUUAUCAUCAAACUGCAGGGGGUGAGAAACAAGAGGUGUGUACAGCAUGACCUCCCCCUCCUGCCUUGCUCCCAUUUGGAUCUCCUCACCACCUACCAUCGAUCCGGCUGACUAGCUCCUCCAGUGCUUUGACCUUCUUCUGGAUCCCUGGCUGUGCAAAGGUGUAGUUAUCCUGCAGGAAGACAGUGAGAGUCAAAGGCAGCAGCUACUGUAGUGAAAGCAUCCUGGGGCUUGGAACUAAGAGACCUGCUCUCCUUCUGCCUGCUCUUGGGAUCACUCAGAUCAGCUGUCACACUUUUGCUAAGAGUCCCUGGAUGUGAACUGUCCAGGAGACAGUGAGUUUGGGGUGGUGAGAUCCUCUGCUCUUGAAUUCAUUUCCCUGUUGGGGAAGCUUGCUGCCAGACUAGGCCCAGUGUAAGCCAGAAUCCCUGGAAAACAUGAGCAUUAGGGUUUUGCUUAGUGAGCAGGGCAGACUAGUAGUUAGAUAUACAGACUGAGAAUCAGGAGACCUGAGAUGAAAUCCUGACCCUACUGGGCCUCGUGCUGUAGACUUCCAUAGGACCAGGCUUUCCCGCCUGGAUUCUAUUCCCAACUCAUGCGGUGACUUUGGGUGAGUCCCUCAACCCCUCUGUGCCUCAGUUUCCCUAUCUGUAAAGCAGGGGCAAUUUUGUAAGGUGCUUUGAGAUCCCUCAACUGGUGCUAAGUGGUAAUUACUCUAUUUUAAGUGGAAGGUGUUCGACUUUGAUGUGUCUCAUUGUGUGUUUUGUUUCUUGCUACAUACAGGGGGCUCAGAUCACAAGAGAGCACACUUGAGAAAUCUCAAAAUAAGUUAAUUUGUGUCAGGCUGCAAGGAAAGCAAUCUUGAGCUUACAGAGCAAAAUUCCUUUUUAAUGGGGACAUAAAUAGGCAGAGAAAGAGAGAGUACUUAAUUCUCACUUUGUUAGGAAGGCCGAUCCUGAUAAAAGAGGGGAGUGUUUUUAAUAAAGGAGACAGAGGACAUCUGUUACUGCCACUUGUAAGUCCAUGUGUCUUUCUGGGACCCUGAUCAAGGAGGUCCGCAGGCCUCUGUGGGACCACAAGCCAAGGAGGGAGGGGUAGAAGUCUGCAGCUCUACGGGGCAAUGAGAGGCAGAGACGUGAGGAACCGCACACGUCUGGGGAACAAGAUGCAGCAUGUUUACUGGGGGACAAGAGGCAUGAGAGAUCGGAGAGCAUACUCAUGGGGACAGUUCCCAUCAGAGAGGAGGGGUGUUGGAUGUGGGAGUUGGCGUGUGGGGAAGUAGGAUAGCAGCCAACCGUUGAACAAGCCGUUUCAGAAGCCAGGCUAGAAGGGGGUCAAGAAUAAACUCAGCACAACAGCCCUGUGAGGAACAAGAGGGGACUAGACACAGAUUAGUGACUUGGACAAGGCUACUGAGUAGUCAGUAGCUGAGCCAGGAUUAGAACUCGGAAGUUCCUGGCUUUGAGUCCCCAGCCUCUAAAACUAGGCAGGAUUCAGCCUGUAACCAGAGGGGUUAGGUACAGGGAGAUCACUAGGAAUGUCACUCAAGUUGGGGGUGUGGCCUGAAGGUGGAACAGAUGGCGGACACUGGGACUGCUAUCUAAGAGAGAGGGGGGAGCAGAGAGAAAUCUGCUCGGGCCCAUUUCCCGCUGCACUUACCUGUAUGCCAUCCAGUAGUUUGCUCAUACACCAGAAGCUGUCGGCUUCGAUGCUCCGCAACACAUCCUGAGACAGGGUCGUCACGUCAAAGUUCUCCACAUCCUCUUCUAUAAAACAAAACGGGGAGAGAAUCCAGAGGACGUGUCUCCAAGGGUGUGGUGAGAGGAGGAGAGAGGCCACGUGAGCACCUAGUAUCUUAGUCAGGAUCCUAUAAUGUGGAGGGAUGCCGGGCUGAGUUCCCCAUAGUGCCACCAUCCUUGCUGCAAACACAUUUCUGUGUCCCUGCUUUGAGUCACUCUUCUGCAGCUGGGAUCAAGGGGGAAAGGGGUGGGUAGAACUGGUUCAUGGCAGCUCUGGCUUCUAGAACAAGAUCUGUAACAAAACUGUAUAGCACAGCGAAAAAUCAGCCUGGGAAAUCUGGAAAGCCCAGUCCCCCAGCACACGGAACACCAUGCUGCCUUGGGAUCACCUGUAACACAAUUAUUCUUUGCAGGGCGGUAGUGCCUAUAAGCCCCAAGCACAGAUCAAGACCCCGUUGUGCCAAGCGCUGCACAAACAGCGCUUGCAAUUUAACAGUGCUUGUUUAACACCUUGACAGGGCAGCUCCGCCCAGAGCUGCAGUCCUGUUCUGUAGAUAAGCCAGUACAGACGCUCCAAUGGCUGUGGGCUUCCUCACCAGCUCUGGUGCUACUGGCUAGAACUGUGUAUCCAAUCAUCUAGCAGGCUGCUAGGUGGGUAGCAGAGGCCUACAAUGCACAACUUACCACCCCCAGGCACCACAUCACGGUCACCACAACCAGUGAGUCACUUCCUUGCUUACAAGUAGGCUUGGCAGAAUUCGAUUUUUAUUUUUGAGAAAACUGAGGUUUAUUUGUAAGCAUUUUCAUCAUAAACUGUCACCGCUGUGGGAAAUUGGGGGGUGGGGGGUGGUGCCAAACAAUAAUUAUUUAAUGACAAUAGGCAUUGAGAUUCCAAAAGUGAAAGCUUUAUAACCAUUAAAACCUGAAGCAUCAGCAUCACAUGUCAGAAUAUACAAAAUAAAUAUCCUUAAAUCAACAAAUCACAUGUGUUUUGACUAUCAGAGGGGUAGCUCAUUUCCUAGCCCAUUUGGAACAAGCCUAAUUCCAAAGCCUAAUUCCCUGGAUUUUUGACUCUUAAGUUCUCAAGCCCCUUGCCUAGUUGUACAUUUUGAUUAUUAUUAAUGGAAAUAUUUUUUGUGGGUUUGUGUGCACUGAAAUUGACGUUUCUCGAUAUUUACUAAUAAAAACCUGA